GCGGUCACGUGACCCUCGUCCUUUCGGUCCACCAUUGGAGCAAAGUCAGCAAGUGGCGAGUGCGCUCGUCGAAUUACCCCUUGGAAGUCCGCCAGAAGUGAUCAAGAUGAUGCAGAAUCUGUUCGAGGCGGCUAAGAAGAACCCCUUCUUCAGCCCCUUCACGGUGGCACACUGCCAGUCGGAGCAGCCCGCCGCACAGAGCCUCGUCAAGGGCCGCACUGUGUCUGCUGCCGCCGUCGCCACCGGGGACAGCUGUGAAUUCGGCUCAAACCAGUAUUUCGCGCUAUGCGGACUCGGUGGCAUCUUGUCCUGCGGCAUCACCCACACCGCCAUCGUCCCCCUGGAUCUGGUGAAAUGCCGCAUGCAGGUGGACGCCGUCAAGUACCCCGGAAUCUUCAAGGGCUUCGCCGUGACCAUGAAGGAGGACGGUAUGCGGGGGCUGGCCAAGGGAUGGGCACCCACCUUCAUCGGCUACUCCAUGCAGGGUAUGUUCAAGUUCGGCCUGUACGAGUACUUCAAGGUUGUCUACGCUGAUAUGCUGGGCGAGGAGAACGCCUUCCUGUACAGAACUUCCCUGUACCUGGCUGCCUCCGCCUCAGCUGAGUUCUUCGCUGACAUUGCGCUGUCUCCCAUGGAGGCUGCCAAGGUGCGCAUCCAGACACAGCCUGGUUAUGCCAACACUCUCCGUCAGUGCUACCCCAAGAUCCUCGCUGAAGAGGGCAUGAAUGGAUUCUACAAGGGAUUGGUGCCUCUGUGGUGCCGCCAGAUCCCCUACACCAUGAUGAAGUUCGCCUGCUUCGAGCGCACUGUUGAGCUUUUGUACCAGUAUGUUGUUCCUAAGCCAAGAGGAGAAUGCACCAAGAACGAGCAGCUUGUUGUCACCUUCGCUGCUGGUUACAUUGCUGGUGUCUUCUGCGCACUGGUCUCCCACCCUGCUGACACCCUUGUAUCCAAGCUCAACCAGGACAAGAGUGCCACCGUUGGAGGAGUCGUUAAGAAGAUCGGAUUCGGAGGACUGUGGAAGGGUCUCACUGCUAGGAUUAUCAUGAUUGGUACCCUUACUGGUCUUCAGUGGUUCAUCUAUGACGCUGUCAAAGUUGUACUCCGCAUGCCCCGACCCCCACCCCCUGCCAUGCCCGAAUCCCUCAAGAAGAGGCUAGAAGCUGAAGGGAAGCUGUAAAUUUAAGUUUAUUCUAGAUCCAAUUACCUCACCUCAAAGCUGACCUGGACAGUUAGUAGGCCUAGUUGCACAGUGUUGUAAUGAGGAAUUGUUUGGCUUAGGUUAAUCCAUGAGAGCUGAGCAUGUCAUUUUCCAACUUUGUUAGUAUUGUUUGUUUGGUCAGCAGUGUGAUGGACAACUGGUCAUGUGGCUGUGCCACACCUGUGAAGGGUUUUGAAAACCUGCCAUAGUUUUAAUUUCUAUUUAUACGAACUGUGAGAUUUAUUGCUGGACGAUAGUUUGAAUGUUUGUCUUCAUUAUUUUUGUUGAGCAAAUGAAAUGUAUGAAAGAAGUUGGAGUGCAAUGACCAUUGUUUCAAAUCUUGUUGUAACUAUUUUAAUGAGGUAUCCAGUCAAUUGUCCAAACUGCUCCACAUUUCACUCAGCAUUUGAUCCUACUGUAGCUAAAUUGCAUUUUUUUUCUCUGCAAGACAUUCCAAUUUCAUUCCAAAAGAAUGACCUGAAGAUUAAACAGUGUACAAAUUUUACUCAAUAAACCUGUAAAAUUUAA